UCUCUCAAUGAUGAAGAUUCCAAACACAUUAACUCUUUUUCUCUUCAUCUCUUUAUGCUCACUCGCAGCUUCAGCUGACCAAGAUUUUGUUGAAUGUCUAACCCAACAAUUCAACAACUACUCUUCGAUUUCAAGCAACGUUUACACCCCUACCAACUCAUCCUACUCUUCAAUCCUUAGAUUCUCCAUUCAAAGUCUAAGGUUCGCCUUAGAUUCCACUCCAAAGCCCCUUGUAAUAAUCCAACCGGAAUACGAAUCUCAAAUCCCUCCGGUCAUCUACUGCGCCAAGGCUACCGGCUUGCAGAUCAGAACCCGAAGCGGGGGCCAUGACUACGAGGGACUAUCGUACGUCGCCCAAGUCCCGUUCGUCAUCCUUGAUUUGAUCAAUCUCAGUGAAAUCACAGUUGACGAAGUUGAGAAAACCGCGUGGGUUGGGUCCGGUUCAACCACCGGUUCUCUUUACUACGCGGUCGCGCAGAAAAGCCCGGUUUUAGGGUUUCCUGCAGGCGUUUGCACGACGAUAGGCAUCGGUGGGCACUUCAGUGGAGGAGGCUACGGGACGUUGAUGAGAAAAUACGGCCUGUCCUCGGACCAGGUCAUCGAUGCGAGAAUAAUCGACGUUAACGGAAGAAUCCUCGACAGAGAAUCAAUGGGCGAGGAUCUGUUUUGGGCCAUCAGAGGUGGCGGAGGCGCCAGUUUCGGCGUGAUCACUGCCUGGAAGGUACAACUGGUGGACGUUCCAGAAAAGGUCACCUUUUUCAACAUCGGCCGAACGCUCGAGCAAAACGCAACUCAAAUAGUCCACAGAUGGCAAUCCAUCGCGCCCCAAUUCGACAAAGAUUUGUUCAUUAGAAUCAUCCUUGUCCCGGAGAAUGUGAGCUCCGGUGCACAAGGAACGAACAAGACAAUUCGAGCUACAUUCAACUCACUCUUCCUCGGAGAAAUCGAAAAAUUGCUUCCGUUGAUGCAAGAGAGCUUCCCUGAAUUAGGGUUAGUGAGAGAAGACUGCACCGAGAUGAGCUGGAUCCAAUCCAUCUUAACCUUCGCCGGUUUCCCAAUCGAUGCACCGGAGAUUCUACUCAACAGAACUCAACCUGCAGUGAGAUACUACAAGGCGAAAUCCGACUACGUGGAGAAGCCUAUUCCCAUAUCCGGGCUCGAAGGUGUAUGGAGGCGGAUGUACGAGGUGGAGGCCGACCAGUCGGUUCUCAUCUUCAGCCCUUACGGUGGGAGGAUGGACGAGAUUCCGGCCUCUGCCACGCCGUUUCCUCACAGGGUUGGAAACUUGUACAAAAUCCAGCAUUUGGUGUAUUGGGACGAAAGUGAGAAUCAAGAUUCGGGAAGCUACUUAGAUUGGAUGAGGAGAUUGUAUAGUUACUUUGCUCCUUAUGUUUCGAGUUCUCCGAGAGCUGCGUACCUCAACUACAGAGAUCUCGACAUCGGAGUUAAUAACCCUAAUGGGAGGACGAGCUAUGCGCAAGCGAGCGUUUGGGGUAGGAAGUAUUUCAAGGAUAAUUUCGAUCGUCUUGUUCGGGUGAAGACAGUGGUUGAUCCGCAGAAUUUCUUCAAGAAUGAACAGAGCAUUCCGUCGUUGUUCUAUCUAGGAUAAAUGAAUCAAGAUCUGUUAGCAUGCAUACAGGUUUGAUUGCAUAGUAAUAUGUUAUUGUUUGGUUAUGAAUAAGAUGUAUUGAUAACCCUUUGAUGCCAAACGUAUUGUAGUAAUGAAGAUUUGUUUUAGGUUUUUGUAAUAUAUAUGAAUAAGAUUUAUUGUGUU